AACAGCGCGAGAAAGGGGAAAAAAAUCACCAGCGACCUGUUUCAAGUCCCCCCAAUAGAAACUGUGCCUGAUUUGUGGCCAAUGUUGGAGAUGUGAAAAAAAAAAGAAAGAAAGAAAGAAAGAAAAAAAAAGGGGGGGGGGGGGAAGAGGGAAAACACUAAAGGGGGUAGCUAUGGAGAUAGACCGUUUUCCUGGCUGCUUUCUUUGACAGGUGUUGAGUGGGGUAAAAGUCUUAAAACAGAAUCCAGCAUGUACGCCAAAGGUAAAGGAGCUGUCGUCCCUUCUGAUAGUCAAGCGAGAGAAAAGUUAGCUUUAUAUGUGUAUGAGUACUUGCUGCAUGUCGGCGCACAGAAAUCAGCACAGACCUUCCUGUCAGAGAUCCGAUGGGAAAAGAAUAUCACAUUAGGAGAGCCUCCUGGAUUCCUGCACUCAUGGUGGUGUGUAUUCUGGGAUCUGUACUGUGCAGCUCCAGAUCGACGGGAGACAUGUGAACAUUCCAGCGAGGCCAAGGCUUUCCACGACUAUAGUGCGGCAGCAGCUCCCAGUCCUGUGAUGGGCAACAUGCCGCCCAAUGACGGUAUGCCAGGUGGACCCAUGCCUCCCGGCUUCUUUCAAGGCCCACCCGGGUCACAACCAUCACCACACUCACAGCCCCCUCCACACAACCCCAACAACCCCAUGAUGGGGCCGCACGGCCAGCCUUUCAUGUCUCCACGGUACCCAGGUGGACCCCGCCCAUCACUCCGCAUGCCAAAUCAGCCUCCCGUUGGAAUCCCAGGGCCACAGCCGCUCCUGCCAAACAGUUUGGACCCCACCAGACCGCAAGGACAUCCAAACAUGGGCGGCCCGAUGAGGAUGAACCCACCCAGAGGAAUGGGAGGCAUGGGCCCACAGAACUACGGCGGUGGAAUGAGGCCUCCUCCAAACUCUCUCGGCGGUCCUGGAAUGCCUGGCAUGAACAUGGUUCCGGGAGGUCGGGGGCCUUGGCCUAACCCUAACGCAAACUCAAUAGCAUACUCAUCUUCAUCACCAGGAAACUAUGUGGGGCCUCCAGGAGGUGGCGGACCUCCAGGAACUCCCAUCAUGCCAAGCCCAGGAGACUCGACGAAUUCCAGUGAAAACAUUUACACGAUGAUGAAUCCAAUCGGCCCUGGUGGCAACAGACCGAACCAGUUCCCAAUGGGGCCGGGGCCCGACGGUCCGAUGGGUGGAAUGGGAUCGAUGGAGCCGCACCAUAUGAACGGGUCUUUAGGCUCGGGUGAUAUGGAUGGGUUGCCAAAGAACUCUCCGAACAACAUGGCAGGUAUGAACAAUCCCCCAGGAACUCCGCGGGAUGACGGGGAGAUGGCAGGCAACUUCUUAAACCCAUUCCAAAGUGAAAGUUAUUCACCCAACAUGACGAUGAGUGUGUGAUUCUUCUUUUUUUAUUUUGUUUUUAUUUUUAUUUUUUUAACCCGUCCCCCAUCCCACUUCCUGUUCUCCUCAUCUCUGCUGCGUUCGGCAUGUUGUUGUUGUGUUUUUUUUUUUUCUUUUCUCGAUCUUCAACUCUCCCAACUCCCUCAAACACUCUGGGCUAGCGCGGUGGCGCCUUUCAGCCACUCGGCGUGGCCACAGAGUGAAGGACGCCCAGUACAAAGCCGAAAGAAAGCAGGCAUCGGGCCUUCUGAUGGACUCAACCUGCCUGCGGGGCUUCGUCACUGGAUCAGGACACUAAGGGCCCCCGAUUGAACCACCGUGUGUAUGUGUGUUUGUACAUGUGCGUGUGUGUGUGGGACUGUGCCAGGAAGACACUUCAUAACUAGCUGCUCAUCAGC